CAGUACCCACAAUACACAAACUUGCUCUACACGCGCGCGAGAUAGCGACAGUCCCUGCAGAAUAUCGUUGUACUUGUGUUCAUAUCCAAUAAGCCUGUGUGUGUGUGUGUGUAUAGUGCGGUAUUGCCGUAUUGGAUAUAUGUAUUACUCUCUCUCGCGGAGCAGCGUUGCACAGAGGAGCAGAGCUGAGGAGAGAGAAAUAGCGAGAGUGGAGUGAGCCGUGUGAAGUGUGUACGAGUACAUGUGUACCCAUACCACACACGGGUGGGACGAAGAGUCAGCGGCCAGAUCGGCUUUCUGCGAUCCGGCCGUUUUUCCGCUCCCGAAGAGGACGUCCCACAUAAUCGGCCCAGUCCAGUCCAGCAUCGCAUCGCCAGUGGCGCAGAGUCGCGAGUGUCUCCCCGUCGUCGUUCCCUCUCUGUCUGACUCGGACUACACGCCCGGGCGCCGCCGCAGCAGCAGCAGCAGCAGCAGCAGCGCCACUCCCCGCGGCUCUACGCAGCUGGGGCCUACUACCCGCCGCAGCAGCAGUCCAUGGUACCUACGAGAGUAGCUGAGCCGAGUCGCCAUUUUGUCCGGACGUUCGGCCCGGUUCUGCUCCGAGGAUCAGACUUGGUGAGCGAACCGCCCGCUCGGGACGACCAGCGAUUCGCCAAGGUACGAGAGGAGUCGACGCCCCCCGUGCGAACGGACUCGCUCGCGUCGCUGUCCCUCGUCAGCCUCGUCUCUGGUCUCUCCUGCUCGCGCGCGCGCUCGCUGCUGCCGCACCCUCGUCAGCUACGUCGUCUACGGGGACUGGAGCUUGACAGCGCGUCGGCCGAAGUCUGCGUGUAUUGCUGAUUUGUGUGUGUGUGUGUGUGUGUGUGUGCGUGUGUGUGCGCGAAACUCGUCGGUCAUUGUGCGGCGCUGAGCUGCCCUGCAGCCUCGCAGAGGAAAUCGCUGCUUGCGGGUCUAAUUGGAGACUCGGGCUCCUGGCUCCCUGCAUUCUUUCGAGCGCCGAUCAAUCGCUUCCAUUCGCACUGGAGCUCCGAGCUUUCGGAGUUGGUGCACUUCUUCGCGACAGAUAAUGUAGAUAUAGGUUAGCAAUACAAGGCCUCUACGACAUAAAAGUAUUUCAUGACACUGCUGGAUGCUCGUUGGUGGUGCAACUUGGUCCAAAAUAUUUAUAUCUAAAACGUCAGGCUGUAGCUUUCGUGAGGCAAAAUGACGAUUGCUACGAGAGGCCAAGGGGUUGGAAUCGAUCCACCUGACAGUCAUCAAAACACUAUGAUACCCAGUUCGCCUGCACAGCAGCAGUUGGCUGACACCAUGUCUAGCCUUCAAAUAUCAGAGAAUGUUGCUCCAACCGAUUGCACUGGUGAACCAGCAACAACUGCGGGUGAGGAGAACAAUCAGCAACGAUUGGAGCCCGAUUUUCCACACGCUAAGCUUGCUCUGCUGGAUGAAAAAAUAUCUAGUCCAAGAUGGGUAGUGCCAGUUCUACCUGAACAAGAGUUGGAAUGCCUGUUACAAGCCAGUAUCGAGUUGUGCAAGAAAGGAAUUGAUGUACAGAGCGAAGCUUGUCAACGUUUUUUUCGAGAGGGGCUCACAAUAUCUUUUACAAAAAUUUUAACAGACGAUGCAGUUAACAGUUGGAAAUUGAAUAUUCAUAAUUACAUUAAUGCUAAUUGCCAACGACUGGUAGAACUUUGUGUCUUGAAAUUAGAUGAGGACUGGUUUCCUCUUCUUGAUUUACUCGCUAUGGUUUUUAACCCUAAUAACAAAUUUCAUACAUUUAAUGCAUCAAGAGCAUCUGAGACUGUACCUCCUGGUAGCAAUAUUCCGUAUGAUGAAAUAUAUGCUCAGUCUCCGCAAGAUACUAGGAAUCCUCGUGGCUGGCUUGUUGAUCUUAUAAACAAAUUUGGCAGUCUUGGUGGUUUUGAUAUUUUACUCAAGAGAUUUUCCAGUGGACGUAAUUUAACAGUGCCAGUUAUUUAUGCAUUAAUAAAGCCAUUUGGCUUGUGCUGUGAAUUAUUAACAGUUCAUACAGUACAUAAAUACCUAAUGCCCAUAGUGAAAAUGGUGCCUCAAAUUUUAGAUAACUUGACUGAUGCAGAACUAAAGAAAGAAGCAAAAAAUGAGUCUAAAAACGACGCGAUAUCAGCCAUAAUUAAAGCAGCCAAGUGUAUGGCAUCACGAGUACCUUAUCAAGAGGAAAUGAUCAAGAACUUGGAAAUCUUGAGACUGAAAAUGAUACUAAGGCUUUUGCAAAUUUCGUCCUUUAACGGGAAAAUGAACGCUCUUAACGAAGUUAAUAAAGUUAUUGCGAGUGUUAAUUACUAUUUACAUCGUAAUCCCAGCCUUGAAGAAGAGGAAUGGUUGACAGCUGAGCGCAUGGCGAAAUGGAUCAAAGAAAAUGGGGUAUUGGAAAUUGUGUUAAGAGAUUCAUUACAUCAGCCACAAUACGUAGAAAAACUCGAAAAAAUUUUACGCUUUAUUAUUAAAGAACGCGCGUUGUCUCUUGAGGAUUUAGAUGCUGUGUGGGCAGCACAAGCUGGAAAGCAUGAAGCAAUUGUGAAAAACGUUCACGAUUUAUUAGCUAAAUUGGCUUGGGAUUUCAGUCCAGAACAAUUGGAUCAUCUUUUCGAAUGUUUCAAGACGAGUUGGAAAACUGCCAACAGAAAACAACGAGAAAAGCUUCUUGAGUUGAUACGAAGACUUGCUGAAGAUGACAAGGAUGGUGUCAUGGCUCAUAAGGUAUUGAUGCUUUUUUGGAACUUGGCCCAUUCUGAUGAGGUGCCCACAGAAAUUAUGGAUCAAGCCUUAAAUGCUCACGUCAAAAUAUUAGACUAUUCUUGCUCGCAAGAGCGAGAUGCUCAAAAAACUAUAUGGCUUGAUAAAUGUGUGGAAGAGUUGAAAAGUGGUGAUAAGUGGGCACUUCCAGCGCUUAAGCAAAUCCGUGAAAUUUGUUGCCUUUAUGAACCAAACCCUAACAUAGGUCACAAUCCACGAUCUCAUCAUGCAUAUUACAGGCAAGAAGUCAUUGAGCGUCUUCAGAAUCAGCAUUCCGUCGUUAUACUUGUGACUAAAAGUUUGACAACAUAUAUGGAAAAAGUAAGGCAAUUGGUCAAAGAAAAUUCAGAUAUUGAUCCUAAUACAUAUUCUCCCGAUCGUCGCUAUAAUCAUAUUAUGCAAGUGCAAGAAAGACUCAACUUUUUAAGAUUUUUAUUAAAGGAUGGUCAAUUAUGGCUUUGUGCAGAACAAGCGAAACAAAUAUGGCAAUGUCUGGCAGAACAGGCAGUUUUUGUUUCAGACAGAGAAGCAUGUUUUAAGUGGUUUUCCAAGUUGAUGGGAGACGAGCCUGAUCUUGAUCCCGCUAUCAACAAGGAUUUUUUUGUAUAUAAUAUAUUACUGUUGGAUCCAUCGUUACUCACGGAAAGCGGUAUAAAGUGUUUUGAAAGAUUUUUUAAAGCAGUCAAUUCCAAGGAGGGCAAAUUGAAACAAAAAAGACGUACGGUGUUGAUGGAUGAUGUCGAUUUAAUAGGAACAGACUAUUUGUGGAGGGUGGUUACUAAUGGUUCUGAAGAGAUAGCAAAUCGUGGUAUAGAGCUUUUAAAAGAAGUAAACACCAAUUUGGGUCCGCGAUUGCAAUCGUCUGUGAUGGCUUUUCAUGAAACUUAUAUAGCAGAAUGCAUGGACCGCUUGAAAGCUUAUUACGAUGCCGUGUCUAUAUUACGAAAAGAAUCACUUGAAGAUAAAGAAGAUAAGGAUGAGAAUGCCGCAGAAGUUAUUAAAUCAGAGACAAUGAAAAUGUGUCGCGUAAUGAAAGUUUUACAAGAAUAUCUAAAUGAGUGUGACACAGCCUUUCCCGGGGAAAGGAAAAUUCUUCCUUUACACAGGGCUGCGCGAGGCAAGCAUUUGUCCCUAGUUAUAAGAUUUGCUAAUCCUGCACGUAACGUUGACGAUAUUGAAGUUUUCACCCACACAAAUGACACACUGGCGUCUUUGAGGCGUCAAAUUUUACGCAGAAUCAAGGCUAGUGGUACAAAUGUUAAGGUAGACCUAUUUAUUAAUGGAGAAUCGUUAGAGCAGGCCGACGAUAGGAAACUUCUUUCACAAAUUCCUUUGAGAGAUAAAAUGUUAUUGUCCGCAAAGCUCAGUCAAGCUAAUACAAAUAUGCCCAGCUCUCCUGAUAGUAGUUCUGACAGUUCUACUAGUUCCCCACAUCACCCUUACACUAAAAUGGAAGGCUGUCAUCCAUCAAGUCAAGAAGCUGAAAGCAGUCUACCUGGAGUGUUAUUAUCUCAAAGAUCCCAGUACGCCAACUUUUUCUUUCAAUUGGCUGAUUUGGGUUGCACUCUUGAACAUGCUCAUUUGCGAGAUGGUGCGCGUCAUCUUUUGCAACUAGUACCCCCCGAUACCCUAACUGUAUCGCGUUUGCAAUGGUUUUUCGGACGAUUCAAGGAAGACGAAGCUCCACAAAAUUCUUCCAUCGACGAAUCGACAACUAGUGUUGGAUCCUUAUUUUUCACAGCAAGCCCAAGUCAAGUUUUAUACAAUUUAGAGGUUCUGUACACUCUGUUGAUGCCCGCGCUUGAUCCGAUGUCUGAUAGAGCAUGCGAAUUUCAAUUAAACCUGAUCAAGAGUGGCGAGGCUGGAGUGAUACUGGACAUGCUGACAAAAAAUAAUUUUCUACCAAACGCGGAUGAAACGACAAAACGUUCAGCCUACUUGACCGUCCUCAAGCUCUGCAAGCUCCUACUCACGGUCAUGGCAAACGUGAUGGCACUACUAAUUGAUGAGGUGCCCUUCACUAAUUCCCAGUCCAAUCACGACAAUCAGCCGAACAAGCAGGUGCCGAUAACGGUGUUAAAGCAGGCACUGCAUAGUGUGCCCAACCAAAACACCGAAUAUAUCUUGCGCUCUGUGGCAAUGAAGCUCGCAACGCUUCUUGCUAAUGAUAUGCUCAGUGGCAGUACAGAGCUGGACAGGUGCCGGCAACUACUGGUCCAAGCCCUGUCGUGGGAACUGCCGGAUGUGGCCACCAUUCGUGCCAUAAUUAGAUUAGCCUGGGCCGCAUCCAGCGGUAGUUUAAAUCACGUCAACGCAUCCGCUCAAGUGCUCCACGAGAUGCACGAGACCAAUGCCAGAGAGCAGAGGAACCUGGAUAACAACGAUGUAUUAGUAUGUAAAGAAGCGCUGGAAGUAUUAACGAUAGCUCUAGUACUCAACCCAAAAGCAUUGGAAGAUUUGACGAAAGACUCUAUGCGGCAUAACGCAGCUGAAAACGUCAUGUGGAAUACCUUUUUAAUAGACCUUGUACUAGUUAGCACGUCGCGGGCGAUUCGCGCAACUGCUGCAGAGCAAUUUUUACUAAUUUCCACGUGGUGUAGUAGUGGGCAUCAGGCUCUUCAAUUUUUUAUCACUCGCCUAUUUCCAGUCAUCAAUACCACAGUAAUGGAGUAUGCUAAACAAAGUCACGAAUUUUUUCAAUUGUUGUGUAGGCUAUUGAAUUAUGCGCAUAUAUCUGGUUGUCCAUUGUCAUCGGCUGAAAAUUGGUUGAACAUUGAAAUCGUAUGGCUCAAAGAAGUUCGCGACCGAGUCCAAGAAUUCGGAGAUGGACAAAUGGACGAAGCCGUUCUCGAAGGUCAUCUAUGCCUAACCAAGGAGCUGCUAUCGUUUCUACCACCUAGUAAAAAAUAUGAGUUGGGAUCCGAUGAAAAACGGGGCAUCAAUUUAAUCAAGGAACUAGUGCAAGACUUCAUAUUCCCAGCAUCAUGCUAUAUGUUGCAAUUGCGCAAUACAGGCGAGCUGGGCUCGUCGCAGUCUUAUGCAGUCUGUACAACUCCCCAGUCGACCAGCGCGGCCUUCGACUUGCUCGUGAGCCUGUGCACGGGUUGCGUACCCAAUAUGAAACUUCUAGUCACCAUGCUUUGCGAAAUGUUCUACUCGGAAAAGGACGAGCCCCUCGUUGAAUGGGACUACCUACCAUCCGUUGGUUCCCGGCCGCCCAUGGGCUUUGUCGGUUUGAAAAAUGCCGGAGCGACCUGUUACAUGAACUCGGUUCUUCAGCAGCUCUACAUGGUUGAGAGCAUUAGGGUAGGCCUACUUGCGGCGGAAGGUGCAGCUACCGAUUUGAAUGAGGACUUCUCGGGUGAGGAGCGGAUCGAGGGCGAGCAAACGAUAGAGGCAACGGAUAAUGACACCAACGAGGAAAAGUGCAGCGCUGACGAGUCGCGAAAAGAGUACAACAUUGGCAUUCUGAAGCAAGUUCAAGCCAUUUUCGGACACUUAGCGCAUAGCAGGUUACAAUACUACAUUCCUCGUGGGCUUUGGAAACACUUCAAGCUCCAAGGUGAACCUGUGAAUCUUCGGGAACAGCAAGAUGCUGUUGAAUUUUUCAUGAGCCUAGUAGAGAGUUUGGAUGAAGCUUUGAAAGCUUUGGGUCACGAGCAAAUCAUGAGCAAAAUUCUUGGUGGUUCUUACAGUGAUCAAAAAAUCUGCAAAGGCUGUCCUCACAGGUACUCUAAAGAAGAGCCUUUUAGUGUAAUAAGCGUGGAUAUUAGAAAUCAUAGUAAUUUAUUGGACUCUUUGGAGCAAUACGUCAAGGGAGAACUGCUUGAAGGAGCAGACUCAUAUCACUGUGAUAAAUGUAACAAAAAAGUUGUGACAGUUAAACGAUUGUGCGUCAAAAAACUACCCCCUAUUUUGGCAAUUCAGUUGAAGAGAUUUGAGUACGACUUCGAAAGAGUUUGUGCUAUCAAAUUUAAUGAUUACUUUGAAUUUCCAAGAGAUCUCGAUAUGGAACCUUACACGGUCUCGGGGCUCGCCAAAUUAGAAGGAGAGGUUAUAGACUGGGACCAUGAAGAGGCAAUCAAAGGAACAUGUACCAAAUAUCAACUGACUGGUAUUGUAGUUCACAGUGGACAAGCCAGCGGGGGUCACUACUACUCUUACAUUUUACACAGACAAAGUGAUGGAACAGGAAAAUGGUAUAAAUUUGACGAUGGUGAUGUAACAGAAUGCAAAAUGGAGGAGGAAGAAGAAAUGAAAUCCCAAUGCUUUGGCGGCGACUAUAUGGGCGAAGUGUUUGACCAUAUACUCAAGCGAAUGAACUAUCGAAGACAAAAGCGGUGGUGGAAUGCAUAUAUGCUUUUUUAUACUAGGAAUGAUGUGCAACCAAAUCCCCAAUUAAAGAAAGUGAAUGAAUUAUCAUUGUAUACCAAAUUGGGAGUCACUAAAAUGCCACCAGCAAUCGAAAUGAGCGUGAGGAAGCAAAAUAUUAAGGCUAUGCAUACCCGAAAUCAAUUCAACACGGAAUAUUUCCAAUUUAUAAGAAAACUUGUAUCGUGUAAUCCAUAUAAUGUCAGACAAAGCCCAGAAAAAAUGAGCCCAGAAGCCGAAGAAUUGUCGAUGUUAUCCAUUCAACUGGCUUCAAAAUUUCUGUUUUAUACAGGCUUUCACACAAAAAAAGCUUUGCGUGGGACAGCGACUGAUUGGCACGAUAUCUUGUGCCAUCAUUUGUUAGGAAGUAAGGCAGUGCGUUCUUGGUUUGCUCACAACGUUUUAUUCAACCAUCCCCACAGAUUUUGUGAAUAUCUUCUGGUCUGUCCAAGUACAGAAGUAAGAAAUGCCUUUUUGAAAAUCUUAGUUUUCUUGGCUCACUUUUCUCUUCAAGAUGGACCUUGUUCACCUCCUCUAAAUGCUCCAACUAUGCUGUUAGACCCAACGGCAACUCUCAGUGAUCACCUCUUGCAUGCAGUACUUAUGUUGCUACAUCGGGAAAUUUCGGAUAACGGGCGUCACUUGCCACAUUACUUUGCAUUAUUCCUAACAUAUGCAUCAAUUGGCCUACCACAAAGGCUUCAGUUAUUAAAAUUGAACGUGCCAGUGACAUUCAUGUUGGUAGCGAUUGAUGAGGGACCUGGUCCCGUUAUCAAGUAUCAAUAUCCCGAAUUGACGAAACUUCAUCAAGUAGUGAGCAUCCUGAUACGUUGUUGUGACAUAUCGUCCAGAGCACAGACAAGCGACGCCUCCAAUAAUCCGCAGCCGCUGCCGAAUCCCUAUGGUGAUCCGACUUGCGGUCAAGAUUAUUUAAUGCCAAUUCAACCUCAAGCUGCGGAGAUUCUGUUCACCCGCACAAGUUACAUGAAAAAGCUAAUUGAGGAUGCAAGCGUAACUGAGGAGACCGUCAAACUUCUGCAGUUUUGCUGCUGGGAGAAUCCUCACUUUUCACGAACAGUUCUUAGCGAAUUGCUGUGGCAAAUUGGCUUUGCCUAUACUCAUGAAUUGAAGCAUCACACUGAUCUUUUGUUGGAGAUGCUACUUAUUGAAGAUUCCUGGCAAUUACACCGCGUGCACAAUGCAUUGAAAGGUGUUCCAGACGAACGUGAAGGCUUGUUUGAUACAAUACAAAAGAGUAGAACUCAUUAUCAGAAACGAGCGUAUCAGUGCAUUAAAUGUAUGGUGCAAUUAUUUAGUAAGUGCAGAUCUGCUCACCAAUUUCUGUAUCAGAAUGCCGAGUUAAAGAAAAAAUGGGCACUUGCUAUUGAGUGGCUUCAAGAUGAAUUGGACAAAAGGCCUUAUACUUCAACUGCUCCAUAUACACAUGCCUACAACAAUUGGUCCCCACCAGCUCAAUCAAACGAAUCAACUAAUGGCUACUUUUUAGAACGCAGUAGCAGUGCUAAAAAAACCUUAGAAUUAGCUUUCGAGUUAUGUCCAGACGAGGAACCGGAAGUCGAAGAAACAAGUGAAGACGGCGUCCAAGAAGCAUCUGAAAGUUAUAAUCGACAAUCUGACAAUAGUAUAACGCGAAGAUUAGAAGAGUUACGUCAAUUCAAUGAGACAUCCAACGACCUUAAAUUGAAGGAGUACCAUGGAUUACUAUAUUCAAGGUUAAAACAGUCAAGAAAGAUGUUACAAUCAGAAUAUGAACAGCAGCAAAAGCAGCAACAUCAGCAACAGGAACAACAGCAACCUGGACCUUCACCAGUGCAUACGACUCAUUGCGACACCUCACCAAGUACCAACCAGGAUCCAUAAUGAAUAAUGAACGGAGAUAUCCUGUGUGGCCCGCGCGCUGCCUCUGUGAGAGCAGCUGGGAUUAUGUAGAAUUACCUGGGCCAGCGUGUUGGAUGUUAAGAAAGAUACAACAGGUUGGCAUGUACAUACAGAGCAAUUAAGGAGAUACGACAACCUGUUAUCCGAAACUCGAAGCUUUUUCUUUCUUCAACGAUAACCAAUACUGAUUGUAAACAUGUUGGUACUGGUGGAUACCAUAUUGAUUCACGAAUAUUUGUGUAUUACAAAUUUUCGGGAGCAUGCAGGUUUACGCCGAUUAUGACGAGAGUGCAAGGCGUUUUAAGACAAAGAAAAAUUAGGAGUGAAAAAGAAUCCAAAAGCGAAAAAGCAGAUGGCAGAAUGAAAGUGAAUUUCGAAAAACGAGUGAUUGAGUGAGAUAUGAAGCGAACGUAAAUACAAGACGAACGUGUGCGCGAAAUGUAAGUGACAAACGAUUGUAAUACGUAAUUAGUAACAUAGUGUUGUGAUCUUGACCGAAAAUCAACCGGCUAAGGCAAAAGUCAACUUGCUGUGCACUUGGUAAAACAUCUUAAGAACUAGUUAUUGAUAAGCACAUCAACGACUUGGUUUUUUUCAUAAAGAUCGCAGGAAACCAAGCUUUACUCAAAUAAACACUAGCGGUCGGUCCUCAGUCAAGUUUUUGAUGAAUUAUAUUUUCACAGCAAACAUGAAAAUUUAUUUCUAUCGUACUUAAGUUAAAGUAAAGAAUAAAACGAGCAUUUUUAAAUAUUGUAUAUUAUAAUUUACUAAAAAUUUUACGAUAAAAAAAAUUGAUUUCGAUUUUUUUUUUAAUAAAAAUAAGGAUAUUAUCAUGAGACUGAAUUUUCAAGUACUAUUUCACUUUUUGGGUCACUAAUAAAUCCAAAAAUUAUAAAAGCUUUAAUUUGAAUCAAAAAAUUUUCGUAAACUAGGAAUCAUUGAGACAAGCAAAUGUACCUAAACGUUUGAAUAAGGUUAUGUUUUAAGAACUUUCGAAGUUUGAGAAAUAAAGCAAGGAAUUAGCUGCAUCAAUUAAGAUAUAGUGUACGCUCAUUAGAACUCUGGUCAUUUUCUGUGAAAAAGUCACGCAACAAGUACUUGAAACACUGAAUCCUCAUGAAAUAAUCCAAGCUUUGAUGUAAUUUAUGCAGUUAUUUAUGAAUAAUAUCAAUAAUGAAAAAAAAAACCAAGUCAGCCGCCAAUAUAAGUCUGGAACAAAUUUGUUUCAGUGUACACGAAGUCAUACUAUAAAUAGUGGACAUUUAAAGUUGGAAUGCCAGGAUACAAAAAAGAAGAAGUGUCGAAUCUAUUGUCAUGUUUGUAACUCAAUCGAGAAAACAUACCAAACGAAUGAUAGCUUUUUAAAAUGCAUUAUUGAAAGAUAAAAUCAAUUUUGAAUGCUAAUAUUACCUAAUCUUGAUUGGAUAUGUACAUAUAAAACUGCUUUUUUACGUGUGAUAAAAAUUUAUUCUAUUCUUAUUACACUCGGGGGCGAGUUGAUACGCUAGCGUAAAUCCUGGUUUUUGUAAACAAACAUUGUAUGAUAUGUUUUUUUACAUUUAGGAAAUGAAACAAGCAGCAAGUGUAGUUGAUAAUAUUAUUUAAUUUAUGAUUAAUUCAAAACUGUUCGGUAAAAGUAGCGCUAUGUCUUGUAAUCGACAACAAGUGGGUGGAACCAUAGACAUUGAUUACGUACAGAAAAGAACGAGCAAUUGGUUGCACUGUGUUCAGAAAUCGUGGUGUCAUGAACUAGUGUCAUUUUUCUAUUAUAAUUUUUUUUUAUGCGCAUGCAAGUCUCGAGUACGAAUCACACAAGAGAUUUUACCAAGGAUAGACAUGAAAUUUUGUCGAAAAACGUAAUGCAAGCCAAGUUGCGCAUGUUUUUUUAAAUACUUCCACGAUAUGGAGCCUACUUACAACAUAAAUUAAAACAAUUCUUUAGAAAAGUAUUUUUUUAGAUGUGCGCGACAAAACAGCAGCUUCAUUAAAAAUAGAAAAGAAAAACUUGACUCAAUUAGAAGGGAUGUCUCGAGGUCACUUUGUAAUAUGUAACGUCAAUGUAUGAUUGUGCUUGUGUUUUUCGUAUGAGCGUGCGUAUGACAGAAGUGUAAUUGAAAGAACAGUAUAAAAUAAGCAAAACGAUGCAGGAUAAAAAGUAAUAACGAAGAAAAUAUUGAAAGCGGUUGAUCGCGCGAUGAAAACGAAAUGACUUGAAAUAAUAUUUCAUGCAUUGAUUAUGGAGAGUUUUUGUCGUAUUUAAAAAAAAUUGUUGCCUAUUACAAGUUUAAAAACUAAUUGAAUUCUCGUUACAUUAAAGGAAUUGUACUUUUUAAUUGUUAUAUUAAUUAAUUAUCGAACACUAUGAGGAAAAAGUACGGGAUCAGUUUUUUUUUUCACGCGUGAAAAUGAGCGUUUGUGGUAGCGCUUUCAUUGUGUUUGUCCUACUUUGUACAUCCGAUUUUCUUAUUUGCUCUUAAAGGCUUGGCGAAGAGAAAAAAUGAGUAGUGUUUGAUAUUUGUUUUAAUCUACCUCGAACCAUGUUUCUUUCUCGCUUGCGAGAACAUGUUUUCAAGUCUUGGUUACCGAAUAAAUGCCAAGAGAGACAGACUACAAUAGAUACUGUGCAAAAAUAUGACAGAAAAUGAGAGGGAAAAAUCAAGUCCGAGUUCGCGUUUCAGUUCAACUUAGCACAGAUAGAAAUAUUUUACAGCGAGAAACUGGGAAAGAAAUAUGAUUGCAAAUCCUUUAUCGAGCCAGUGGUACUUGGUACAGCCACAGGCUUGAAAUAAAGUUGACAUGAUAACCAUUUCGAAUAAACAAUAACAAAUUCUAUGAUAUGAAACCGAGCGAUUUCCAGUUUUUUAACUCUAUAAGCGAUUCGCGCAGAAAUAUAUUGUAAUGUGUAAUGAGAGCGAUUUUUUUGUGUUUUUGUACUGACGCGCUUGAUACUAAUUCGAAUUUCGCGAUUGUUGUAUCGAUGUACAAUUUGCCACGAGUUUUCUAUACUUGUUUUAGUAUCGAUUUUCUUGGAUGCGGAUAAACGAAAAACGGCAAAUUGCAUUUCGAUACCAAAAUGUUCACUGCUAAAUAUUUUAAAAGCAUGUGGUUGUUGUUUACUGACACGAUUAUCGAUUAUUAUUGUAUGAAAUGAUUUCUUAUAUGCAAAUAAGCACGUUGAGAAGAAGCGUACUGCAGCAUAAUUUUGUAAUUUUCAUAGAAUGUUUCGUAAUGAUUAGCCAUAACUUAUUAUAGCAAAAGAAAAUUUCUUUUGAUGUAGAAUACGAUAAUCAUGGCAAAACAUUUUUUAGUACUGUAAUAAAAUUUGCCCCAGUGCAAGUGCUUAAAUCCAAGACUAUAUUUUUUUAUGCAUUAAAUUAUGUUGUGAAAUUUGAAGUUUGUCUAUUUUUACGAAUUUCCAUCGAAAUGCAGUUGCAGAGGAUUGAAAAGAGAUAUGAAGAAAAUUCGCAAAGCCAUUAGGAAGAUAUUGGAUACAUUAAGAAUUUAGUAGUGGACAUUUUCCGCGUGAUAUCCAGAACGAGACUUCGGAAUAUACCCAAGUGCAUUUUUUAAACUGUGCGUUUCGGGAUACAUUUUUUAACUUUAUAUAAUUCAGGCCCGAGUAAAAAUUAAAUUACGAAAUAAAAAAUCAAAUUCAUAAUUGUACAUAUAAGCAUGACGUUAAUAAUCUACAGUGCGAUGCGAACAAUGAGAGAUCGAAGAAAUCUCGAGAGUUUGAUUAAUUAAUCAUUAUUAUAGGCGUAAUUAAACACGGAAAAAAUAAACGUAACGAAUUCCUGCUAAGCGAUUUUGCACACAAUAAUAUACUUACAUUAACUAGCGUUGAAAUUCAUCUUUAAAAAAAAAAUAUAAUAAUAAUCGUCCUUUCCUGUAGGUACGCACCGCGGCAAAAACAGGAAACUGCCUAUAUACAUUAUUAUAAUUAUAAAUACGAUCAUUAUUACUAUUAUCAUCAUCAUUAUUAUUGUUGUUAUUAUUAUUAUUAUUAUUAUUAUUAUUAUUAUUAUCUUGCGUUUACUCUCGUACUUGUACCUCUGAAUUUCUUGUUUAUAUCUUCUAAGCGUACCAUCGAUUUUAAAGAACAUUUUAAGUAAUAUUUAUUCCAACGUUGUAUUUAAAGUAUCGCAAGUAAAAAUCGAUUGUUAUCGAACGAAGUUUUAAGGGUCUGCCAUUCCAUUAUAGUUCUCGAGGCGCUGAAUGAAAAAAUCGCGUUGAAACGGAAUUCUAAACACACUUUUUCAAGGUUAAAAACAGCAAAAAAAUUCUAGAGUCGCCAUCAAUCUUUUAUACUUGCGUGGGAAAAAUAUAGUCGAAGUUAACUCGCGAAUCGAUGUGGUUAAAAGUGCAGAAAAGACAAGCAAACAAAAAGACGAUAUUCCUAUUAAGUAUCACUCAUAUACUUAUAAUAUUCCGUAUAAAUAUGUCGCUCUUGUAAAUAAUAAAAUCUAUUUCCAUACCGCGUAGUAAUUGCAUUGAAGAAAAAGAAAACGAGAUACGGGAGAAAGAAAGAAAUGCUUUGCUUAUUCGAGUUCUUUCACAUUUCACGGAGAGACACGCAUUAUUUAUAUGAUAUAUACGCAUUCACACUCGGGACAGAAAGCGUAAGUCAGCUAUACAUAUAUAAUGAAGAAAAGCUGCUGCCACGUGCCAAGAAUGUGCUUUGAGCUCAGUAGUUAUACCGACACUUGGCCCUUGUUAAAUACACAAUGUAGAAUAAAAGUAAAUAAAUAAAUUGCUUCUCUACGUGGAUCUUUACUCAACAAUUGUUAAUAUGCUCUUUUUACGCAGCUUUCAAGCUUUUGAAACGUUUCAAUUGGUCCACAUGAAGAGUACAGCUUCGGCAUGGCCCAUAUGAUUGUAAUAUAGUAUGAUCGUAUUACAAGCACCUCUUCACCAUGUAUACCGCGUGUACAUUUUCACGUUAUUUUCACGAAUGUAUAAAAAGUUUUAAAUGAUUUAUAAAUAUAGAAGUCGAGAUAUAUCAUAAACAGCUCUUUUGAGUUGGUAAUUCAUACAGCAUAUUAUUUUAUUGUAUUACGUUUAUUUAUUUUAUUUCGUUUUAGCUUAUUUUACUUUAAACUUUCUUUAUCACAUAAUAUCCUCCGAUGUGUGCGCGUAAAGAUGCGUCGGAGAAUUGCGACCAAACACUACAUAUAGGCACGUCGCAGCAGCAGGAGACCACGAGAGAUUUUGUAGACGAUAAUUAUUAAUUGAAGAACGUCACGACACGCGUACUACCCUUAUGUAUCGCAAUGCAUAUUAUAUUAUAUAAGUUUCUUCCCGACCUGACGCGAUCGGGCCGAAACCGUGUAAAAAAGUAUGAAAAAUAAAAAAAAAUACCGACAAAAGCUAAACAUACAGUAAAAUCUUUUUGUAAUAUUUGUUAAUAGAAGCGCAUUUAUGUACGCAUUUUUGUUGGUUGCCUCUGAGAAUGAAAAAAAAAAUUAUUAUAAUGUAUAACCUCGCGAUUAUUUAUAUACACACGCAUGACACGAAGUAAGAAAAAAAAAUUAACAAUAACUAUCAUUAGGAGAAUCGACGAGUAGUUCCGAGCCUGCGACACGAAUCGAUAUUAUGUAGGUAAUUAUCACGAUGUCAUUAAUUUUAUCGAAGCAGAAACGAAGUAUAAAGGUGAAAAAAAAAAUAAUUAAAAAAAAAUGGAAGUAUAUUUAUAAAAAGAUGAGAGGGUAUGAAGAUCGAAGUAAGCAGCCGUUAUUGUAUCAGCCUCGGAGAAAUGAGAGAACAUGUGAGCGAGUGCGGCGAUGAUAAGAAUAUGACAUGAGAGAGUGUGUGCUUGUGUGAGAAAAAGAGAGAAAGAGCUGAGAAAACUAUAACUCUGUCGGAGCUCUUGGACUCCGGUGAAGUUGCUCAUAUAUAUUAUUUAUUUUGAAAAUGCGGAACCUUGGCGUUUUGUGUAACAAUUAUUUCUCAAGAAUGUAAUAAAAACCGUUAAACUUAUCA